AUGUCGUUGGAUGGCUCAGCGGAGUCGUUGCGACGAUCGAAACGGAACAAAUUUCAUCUGGAUGUAGCGGGGAUCUGCUCAAGUUCGGGACGAAGAUCGGCGAACAGUCAUUUGAUGGAUUUGAAAGAGCGUGACGAUUCGUCGAGUCCUCAUCCGCCAACGCUGAGCCCGCAAAUGGCCGACUUAAAUGAAAGCGAUGAUGAUCAUGAUGAUUUAGAUGAAAAGAAGAGAACACAACGAGCAAGAAAGAUACCCGUUAGGAUCGCCUCGUGCUACACACAUGAUGGGAACAGUGAUGAAGAGGAUGAUAGCUUUCUCGUCACUGGCCCAAUCGGAUGCAACAAAUGCCCGAUGAGAUUUGGAUCGAAAUCGGGCUUAAGCAAUCACGCGAGGAUGCAUGGUGGACUUGAUAUCCGUAUGUUCAAGUGCGAUAAAUGUGACUUUUCUUGUGGCACUCAGAAAGCAAGUCGUCUCCAUCAACGAUCACAUGAGCUGGUUCCCGAUUGGCAGUCAUCAAAUGAGGCCUCAAUCGUUGAUGAAAUGACACAAGCAUCAACCUCGACAACAACUGGAGUCAAGCGGCUUUCCGAUGGAACAAUUCUUGCUCAACAGGACAAGAAACAGGGAUCAUCCGAAUCAAAUGAAGAUGCUCCAACAAUUCCCAACAUUACCAGAAAGAUCACUUCACCUUAUGCAAAAAUGUUCAAGCUUUCACAAUUAGCUGAAAGUAAAGGAGCGCGAUUGGGAAACGCUGGAAAAUCGAUGCAAUCCGUUAGAAACAACCGAAUCCUCUUGCCGAACAACAAAAUUGCUUCAAUGAACCGUCAGUCUUCAUCCAAUGGAGUUCGGCAAGCGAUUUUGUCAAGUUUGCAAGAAACACCACCGCAAACGAGUGUCGGAGCGGCUCUGAAAUCACAUUUUGGAUUGAAUAAGUAUCGCCACUCUUUGCCGGCAAACCUCGAUGUCUUGGAAACGGCACAAAAAAAGAAAGAAGAUGCAAAGGAUAAACGUAGAUACAAAUGUCAACUUUGCCCCUUCACCUCACAUGUCAAUCAACGCCUUCAACACCAUAAAGAUGCGCACAAUCGAGUUGAUGGACAUCAAUGUCCACACUGUAGCUACAGAAAUGAAUCAGCCGGUCUCAUCAAGCGUCACAUCAGCUUGCAUACGAAUACGGAUUGUUUGACGAAAGAUGAGAACACAAUGGACAGUGAGGACUCAAAUGGGAAAUUUAACCAUAUUGGCGAGAAUUUGAUCGAAUCGAUCGAGGAAAACAAAGCUCUUUUAAAGCCGAGAAGUGCAACGAGGAGGAUGAAUGGAGUGAUCACUUGCCCAUCAUCAAACUGCAAUUUUGUCUGCCGUUUUGCGAAUGAACUUAUCAGACAUAAACGACUUGUUCACGGAGUAAAGCUUUCUUCCAAGACGGGCUACGAGUGCGCGAUGUGUGCCAUAAAAUUUGCAACUUUCGGUCAACGAAUGAUCCAUUUGCGCACAACGCGUCACCACAAGCCGCAUUUCAAUCCGAAAAUAGCACGGAAAUUCUUGAAGGAGAUCAUUGGAAAUGGACUUUACAAAGCGAAUGUGAAUGACUUACCGAAAAUUGCACGCGUUGAUGUGAAAGAGGAAAAAGUUGAAAGCCAAGCUGAGCAACUCAAAUGCGCCAAAAUGGAGGUGGGAAAUGAGCAAAAAGAAGAAAUGCCAAAGAUUGUCCCGGAACAACUGGAACCAACUACACCAUCAACGGGAGAUGUUAAAGAAGAAAUCUUGGAUGAGGAAAUGGCAAAAGACCAGGGCGCCCGUUCAGCUGGCAGCCUACAAGCCACACUUCCGUGUAAACAAUGCCCGUAUUUGGCCUCGUCGAAGAGCCGUUUGAAACGACACGAGGGGAAACACUUGAUCAAAAGCGAGAAUCAGUGCCCCCAAUGCACAUUCUCGUGCCGAGGCGAUGAUCUCUUGGCCACUCACAUUCGUCUUCAUAAAAGUGACAGUGUCAAAAUCGAAGUGCAAAAUGAUAACGCAUCAUCAAAUUCGCAGACACCUCCGAAGUUGGAAAAUGAGAAGACAAACAUCUCAUUGGAAUCGAUUGCAGCUGAGGUGAGCGAUGAGAGAAUGGACGAAGAUCAAGAGGCGACACAAAAUGAAAGGAUUGCGAGAGAAACACAACAAGAAGAGCCAAACACAACAACGACAACUGAUGGGGAAACAAACUCUCAAGACGCUUCAUCUUCAGCCAAAAAGCUUCGUUUCGUUGAUAAAGAUGGUGUUCGACGUGAGCGUUGCCCGGAAUGCCCAUACACAACAAAACACUUUUGCGAUAUGAAGGCUCACCGAGCGAUGCACGGUUGCGUUAAACGGGAACAUUCUUGUCCGUAUUGCUCGUAUUCAACGAAAAGAUUCAUGUCUCUUCGUACUCAUGUCAAACUGCAUGGCAAAAAAAUCAAGGACCCAAUGGAAAGGUUGCAUGUUUGCAAGCAAAUCGACGUCAUUCAUCCGGUAUUCGGUCUGAUCGGCUAUCGACGCACGGGCAUCGGCGCGACAAAACAACGGCGAUACAUGUGCGACAUGUGUCCAUUCAUCGCUCAUUACAGUCAUCAACUCUGGCAACAUGCUAGACGCCAUCUUUGCCCGUCUCGUGAUGCGAUUCAAUGCUCCACGUGCAACUAUGCGAGUGUUUUUACGGAAAGAUUGGAAUUUCACGAGACUCUGCACCCAAAGCAACAGAAAGAGAACGCGGAAACGCCACAGACUUCUGCUGGAUUGAUCAAUAAUGGAUUGGCUCACGUAUGCAACGAAUGCCCCUUUGCCACUGACACAUAUGGCCGUUUGUGGAAUCACAAGGAGAAACACAAGAAACCAAGCAAAUUCAAUUGUGAACACUGCACUUUCAGCACCGGCUCAUUGACAUCCCUUCAUCAGCACACUCAAUUGCAUGGAGCACAAAAGUUCGAGUGUCGAAUUGCCGGCUGCUCACAUAACGAAGUGACCUAUGAGGGAAUGCAAAAACAUUAUGAGACUCGACAUUCGACAUCGUUGACCGGACUGAGGAAAAGGUCCUUGCUGGCUGAUGUCUGUUUGGAGAGACUCGAGAAUGGAAAUGGAGUGAAUACACCGAAAUCAAGCAAAUCAUCGCAAUCACCUGAUCUCCUCGGGCGGGCAACUUCUGAUGUGAAAAAUGAGCUGAAAAGGGAAAGCCAAUCUCCGCCGGAUCUCGGCUUGCCAUUCACGAUGCCCGAUCCGGCUUUAGUCGUGAAGUACAUGCGAAAGAAUUUGCCUCCAUACUUGCGCAAUUUGAAGCUAUCAAAGUCCUCAAGUGAUUCGGCAACCCCUGAAUCCUCGCUGAGCUCGUCAUCAGCUAUGAUGAGAUGCUCGGAUCUGGAUUGUCCGUAUGAAGAUGACGACCCAACGCUAUACAGAUUACACGCCGACAUGCACGGUCCUGGGAAGAGACCCAUGGCUUGUACAAUGUGCACUUACAGCUGCUUUGCUCCCGAGGCUCUCUACAAUCAUUUGGAUCUACACACUGCUGGGCAUGAUAUUUUCAAGAAAAUCACCUCCGCCUCGGCGCGUCGCUUGGCUCGUGAGAGUGAGAUCAUUAUGGAGGGAGCGCCCGUCUACUCGUGCAUUCAUUGCUCGUAUCGAACGCAAUUCCUCGAGAAAUUCAAGCAACACAGGAUCGAGCACGCUGUGAGUCAACAGAAUCGCUUGAAAGCCUUGGUGAAACGGAAUGCUCAGAAUCAAGAGGAUGAUUGGACGAAGCCGAGAUUGCGCUCGUUGAAUCGGAAAAGUGAUCGAGAACUCUACUGUCCGAAAUGUGGUUUCUAUUGUAUUUCGAAGCUUUCCUAUGACAAACACGUGCAAAUGCACGGAACAGCCGGGUAUUUCAUCUGUAAACUCUGCGAUUACUCGUCGAACACCUACAACGUUGUGCAUUUCCAUGAGAUCAAUCACCAUUUGGAUCAGCCGCUCACGCAUUUAACGAAGGCGGCGAUUUUGAAUCCCGAAACGAGCAAGAUUCGGGCGGCUACAACGACUGAGGAUCGGGUGCGGCUCGCCGGACAAGAGGUUCGCUGCAAUCGAUGUGAUUGGAGGGGUUGUGAGGUCUCCGCUUUGUCGGCGCAUUUCUCCAGUGAACACGGUGUGACGGUCGAGGAUCAAGAAGCGGCUCUUUUCCUCUAUUUGGGUCUUUUUCCGAAGGGUUCCGUGCUGACACCGACUUCUGCA